AUGGGUGAUAAUAAUGAAAGCUUGAAGGAGAGGAAGGUUCUUGCCUCAUCUCCACAUAAAAAGAGGGGAGAAGUAAACAAAAAUUUUAAAAAUUCACAGAAUGUUAAAAAGAAAAUAGAUAAGAAGCAUGGUUCGAGUGGUAUAAGUGCAAGGAGACACCAGAACGAUACCAUGAGAGAAAAAGAGCUAGCGGCAAAGUCAAAUAUCGAAGAUAUUUUUAGCAACCUAAAGGUCAAGGAGAAGAAGCCUAUAACAGUUAAUGGAACAAAACAAAUUAAAAAAAAUUCUGAAAAAUAUGACCACGUUCGUCAAGCUCAGAAAAUGGCAAAAAAACGUAACCCCAAGGUGGGUGUAGACAAACGGGCAUGUACACCCGAUGGGUUGCCCAUUUAUUCUAUGGAGGAGCUCAAGAUGGGCCAAGGAGGAUAUACGAAGGAAUGCCCAUUCGAAUGUAACUGUUGCUUCUAG